AUGCGCCUGUUGCAGCGUCUGCCAGACAGUGGCGACUUCCGCCUUGUUGAAUAUUUAGGCAACAAUAUCCCACGCUAUGCCAUCCUCUCGCACACCUGGGGGCCAGAUGGCGAUGACGUCACAUUCAAGGAUGUCGUGAAAAGCAGAGGCAAGAGCAAGCCAGGCUACUCCAAACUGACCUUCUGCAGCCAGCAAGCUGCUAAAGACGGUCUCGAGUUCUUCUGGGUGGAUACCUGCUGCAUUGACAAGUCGAACAGCACAGAGUUGUCAGAAGCGAUCAACUCCAUGUUCAAGUGGUAUCAGAAGGCGGACAGGUGCUAUGCAUUGCUCUCAGACGUUCCGUUCGGCAGCUCCACUGCAGAAUUCACUCUAGAAACAUGGGAGCCUAGAUUCCAAAGCAGCAGAUGGUUCAAACGAGGCUGGACAUUACAAGAGUUGCUUGCUCCAGAGUGCGUCGACUUCUUUUCUCAAGAUGGGAAACGGAUUGGAGACAAGAUCUCGCUUCGGCAGAUUGUUCACGACACGACACAUAUUCCCGCUCAAGCACUCCAGGGCAGUUCUUUGUCGCAGUUCAGCGUCGAUGAGCGCAUGUCGUGGGCAGAGGCGCGCGAGACGACCCGCGAGGAAGACGGAGCAUACUCUCUCCUUGGCAUCUUUGAUAUUCACAUGCCGCUCAUAUACGGAGAAGGACGGAAGAAGGCUUUGGCUCGUCUGCGGAGGGAGAUCGAAGGGCCGCAGAGGGUGCAGUCGUUUGCUAAGCCGCCGUGGACUGUCCCUUUUCGACGCGAUGAUGACUUCGUCAACCGCAGCAGCCUGGAGGAGGUGUAUCGGAUCUGCGCCCAGCCCGCGGGCCGCGCAUCACUCGUUGGUCUUGGGGGCAUCGGGAAAUCGCAGAUCGCUAUUGAGUACACCUACCGAGUACAGGACCAGUCGCCCGCAAAAUGGGUGUUUUGGGUGCAUGCAGGCACACGAGCAAGGUUUGAAGACGGAUUUCGCAGGAUCGCCGAGGCGACAAAGAUGGACGGCUGGGACGAUUCCAAAGUGGACGUUUUAAGGCUCGUACGCAAUUGGCUAUGUGACGAGUCGAACGGACAAUGGACGAUGGUGGUCGACAACGCUGACGACGCGGAUGUAUUGUUUGACACCUCGCAAAGCCGCUCAGCAGGCAGCCCAGACCAGCCAAAAGACCUACUCUCAGACUACUUGCCGCAAUCCCCAAACGGAUCGAUUCUGAUUACCUCUCGAAGCCAAGCUGUCGCGCAGAAGCUUACAGGCACCUACUCUAGCAUCAUCGAAGUCGAGCCAAUGGGUGAGGACGAUGCACUGGUUCUUCUGGAGAAAAAGCUGGGCUCUUCUGUUGCUAGAGACAAGGCUGUCGAGUUGGUGCACGCGCUCGACUCCAUGCCUCUAGCGCUCACACAGGCGGCUGCCUUCAUCCGCCAGCGAGAGCCACGCAUGAGCGUGUCAAGGUAUGUAGAUGAGAUUAACAAAAACGACCGGAGUCAGGCGCGCUUGCUCGAGAAAGACGUAGGGGACAGUCGCAGAGAUGGCCAGGCAUCCAACUCGAUCAUCGCAACGUGGCACAUCUCAUUCGAGCAUAUCCGAAAACACGUGCCAGCAGCAGCCCGUCUUCUAUCACUGAUGAGCAUGUUCGAUCGCCAGGGAAUCCCCGAGUCACUUCUGGAAAGCCAAUACACAAGCGAUGGGGAUAGUGAUAUCACGUUCGAGGAUGAUAUCCACACCUUGUCUAGCUUCUCCCUGAUCAAGACGAACGCAGACGGAUGUGAAUUUGAGAUGCACCAGCUGGUGCAGUUCUCGACCAAAAAAUGGCUUGAGCUGCACAAUGAGCUAGAGGAGUGGAAAGGAGCGUAUGCAUCGCUCAUGGACGUUAGCUAUCCAGAAGGGGGUCACGAGGACUGGCCAGUGUGUCGUGCGCUGUUCCCACACGCUCAAGCUAUGUUUUACAGCCAGCCAGAGGAUGCCGUGGCGCUAGAGGCAUGGGCGUCAGUUCUGUUCAAGGUGGCGUGGUAUGCGCGUGAAAUGGGUCAGUGCAGUAAAGCGCUAGAACUGAUUUCUGCCUCUCUACAAACCAGGGAGAGCGUCUUAGGAGCGGAGCACCCAGAUACACUACGGAGCCUCAACGAACUUGGACUAGUCUUAGGAUAUCAAGGUAAGUAUAACGAAGCAGAGGAAGUUCACCAAAGAGCCCUGGAAGCGAGAAAUUGGGUGCUUGGAAAAGAGCAUGUCGAUACAAUGACCAGCAGGGUCAACCUGGCGCUGACAUACUCAAAUCAGGGGCGGUGGAAGGAGGCUGAAGAGCUACAAUUACGGGUAGUAAAGACAGAGAAGACAGUGCUAGGCGAGGAUCAUCCAUUAACUCUGAUCAGCAUAAACAACCUGGCGCUGACAUACUCAAAUCAGGGGCGGUGGAAGGAGGCUGAAGAGCUACAAUUACAGGUAGUAAAGACAAGGAAGACAGUGCUAGGCGAGAACCAUCCAUUAACCCUGAUCAGUAUAAACAACCUGGCGCAAACAUACACAAAUCAGGGGCGGUGGGAGGAGGCUAAAGAGCUACAAUUACGGGUAGUAAAGACAGAGAAGACAGUGCUAGGCGAGGAUCAUCCGUUAACCCUGAUCAGCAUAAACAACCUGGCGCAAACAUACGCAUACCAAGGGCGGUGGGAUGAGGCUAAAAAGCUACAACUACAGGUAUUGAAGACAGCUAAGAUAGUGCUAGGCAAGGAUCAUCCUUACACGCUUACUAGCAUGAGCAAUCUGGCGUACGCCUUGGAUGGACUAGGUCGCAACAGUGAGGCUGCUGCACUGAUGGACGAAUGUCUGGCACUGCGCAAACAGAUCCUCGGUCAUGAGCACCCUCAUACUCUGUCCUCUGCUAAGGCUCUACACAAGUGGUCACAUGAGUGUGAGAUGGUAGACGACGAGACGCAAGGACAAGUUGAAGAGAGAAGCGGCCACGAGGCAGAUGAGACUCCAAACACAGCCAUCGUCACAUCAGAAGCUACCGCUCCUUACUCAGCCUGA